GUUGAACUUGAGCUCUGUGGUUCUUAAAUGUGUAUGGUUAUAUUUGCUCCGAUUUUUGCCAUUUGUGCUUUUGCAACAUGUGGAGGAUACCACGGUCUUCUCCAGGUUAAAGUGGACUGUGCAGACAGGAGGCAGAAUAAUCUCAGCAUCAAUAUUGAUUUUAGCUAUCCCUUCAGGUUACAACAAGUGCAUUUCAAGGCUCCCCUGUGUGAAGCAAAAAGAAAUGAGAUUCUUUUCCUGGAUGGGGAUUUUUCUUCAUCUGCUCAGUUUUUCGUGGUUGUGGGUGUUUUUGCUUUUUUGUACUCACUCCUGGCAACUGUUGUGUACGUCUUCUACCAGAACAAAUACCUGAAGAACAACAGAGGCCCGCUUGUGGAUUUUGUGGUGACCAUGAUCUUCUCUGUCAUGUGGCUCAUUAGUAGCUGCUGUUGGGCUAAAGCGCUCUCUGACAUCAAGACUGCGACAAACCCAACCCAGGUGCUUCUGCUCAUCUCUGCCUGCAGAGCUCAUGAAAACAGAUGCACGGCCACACAGGGGCCUCUGUGGUCACGACUCAACACAUCUGCUGUUUUUGGUUUUGUGAAUGUGGUCCUCUGGGUUGGGAAUAUUUGGUUUGUCUUCAAAGAGACAGGCUGGUACAAGACUGGUCAGAGAUACCCGACCAGGAGUGCUUCUGGGAAACGUGCCAGUGAAAUGCGGCAGCGACUCUACAGUGAGAGCAGCUUCGACCAACCGGAGGAGAGUUUUGGACCACAACCAUCCAGGCAAGACAGUUUCAAUCAGUCAAGGGGGGAAUAUGGUCAGAAGGUCCAUAAACAAAGCAGUUUUAAUCAGUCACAAGUGAGCUUCAGUUUACCGCAGACAUAUCUGGGUAAACCAGUGAUGUACGAGAGGGAGAACAAAGCUGCCACUCAAGGGCCGAUGAUAUUUGUCAAUGAGAUGUGAUUCUGAAGGUAAACCACAUGGAAACAUACA